AUGUGUUCUGCACCGUACGGGAGGAAAAAGCGUCCCCGGUCUGCAGGGAGCAUCUUCCCCACCGCUAAAGUGGCGCAGACGGAGCCGGAGGGGGCCGUGGACGGCAGCAGGAUGACCGUGCAGGAAUUCAACACCCUGGUAGCUCUGUACCGGGAGCAGGUCAUCUCCAUCGGGGAGAUCUCAGCCGACUGUCCUUCUCUGCGGGCUCAGAUGCAGCACACUCGGUCCAAAGGUUGCUCCAUGGCCCGGGCUGCACACCAGGACCUCAGCGUCAUCUCUGUGUCAGGUCUAGAGGACGGAGAGAUCCACCCCGAGAUCUGUCGGCUCUUCAUCCAGCUGCAGUGCUGCCUGGAGAUGUUCAUAACAGAGAUGCUCAAAUCCAUGUGCCUGCUGGGGGUGCUGCAGCUGCACAGAAAAAUGCUGCUGUCUCUUUUCGGACCUAAAGGGACAGACUCGGAGCCGAGGUUGGACUUCAGGGUGGAUGAAAGCUCAGACGUUCCCAUCCUGGAAGACCGGUCCUCCUCCCCCAUCGACUUUCCUCAGGAGCAGUGGCUGGUGGGAAUAGAUAUUCAGAACAUAGAGAGAGACAUGCGAGAGAUGCGAAACCUACUCAGCAAACUCAGGGACACGAUGCCAUUGCCACUGAAAAACCAAGACGACAGCAGCUUGUUGAAUCUGACUCCACAACCGCUGAUCAGACAGACGAAGAGACGCUUCCCUGGACUCUGCUGCAUGGUGUCUGGCUGA